AUGUGUGUGACUCUCUCUCAAACUCUCUCUCUCUCAAACUCCUCUCUCAACUCUCUCUCUCUCUCUCUCAAACUCUCUCUCUCACUCUCUCAAACUCUCUCUCAAACUCUCUCUCUCUCAAACUCUCUCUCUCUCUCUCUCUCAAACUCUCUCUCUCACUCUCUCACACUCUCUCUCUCUCAAACUCUCUCUCUCUCUCUCUCUCUCACACAAACUCUCUCUCAAACUCUCAAACUCUCUCUCAAACUCUCUCUGAAUCUCUCUGUGUGCGAAUGGCAGCGGGAAGACAUUCAGGCCAUGAGCGCUGGCCAGCGCCAGCAAAGCCUCGAGGCCAUUGAACACCUCAAGAAAAAGCUGAAAUCACAGUUGCCUCUCCAGGAUCAGGCCUUAUCCAACAAACUCCUUGUCGGCCUGCGCCAAGCCAUUGCCAAUCCCAAUUGGAACGUGCGGCGUGAAGCCAUCGGCCUGGCCAAUGAGCUCAUAGUGAAGAUGCCCGUUGAAGGCUGCGCCCUGGCUGAACGCCUCUUUGCCAAUCUGACCGAUGAGAAAAUUACCAUUCGCAAAGCUGCCCAGGCCGCUCUUUCUGCCUGGCUGACCGCGGCUCGAGAUGAUACCCAUGUGCUCAUGUCCUGCCUCGAGCACGGUAUCAAUGCUGGAGAUGAUACCGUUCGUGCCGCCGCCAUUCAGCUUUUUACCCGCUCCUCCGUUUGGCACGGAUUUGAUCGUCAAAGUGCCUACCAAAUCCUUGCAGCUCUCGAGGGAAACACCACCCACGAAAACGCGAACGUGGCCGCUGCAGCCAACGCGUGUGUCAAGCAGCUGCCAACUCUGCUCGGUUCAGAAUUCUACACAGCCCUGCUUGCCGCCGCUCCCAGCGGCACGCGCAUCUCUUCGGCCCAUGGGUCACGAGACCCCGAGGUCACGACGCUAGUCCUGUAG